GAUAAAGCAUCACGUUACUGUGCCGAUGUUCAAAACAUAUUGUGCCUUGGCAAUAAGAACGCGUCUUGCAGCAGUGCAAAAGGCCAGUCCAACUCGUGGACCGUGGUUCUUGAAGAGGCCGUGAAGUUUUCGUUAGAUUAGACACUAGUGAGCACCAGGGAAAUCCAAUUCCUUACCCUUGUGUGCGAUUGGCUCCGUUGAGCGUGUGGUGAAGAGGACGGGUCUGCCUUUAGAAUCGUGUGCGGAUUUGUGGGUUGAUAGUGAUUCAGUGUUUGGCGAAUAAUAAUGUUGAACAAGACCAAGAAUAAACGAUUCCGAGUAGAUCAUCUCAUAAAUAUGCUGGUGUGAAAACAGGCAGAAAUAUCUUGCGAGUGAUAUCAUAUACGCGUUAUUGCGACAGAAGUACAAAACAAAACCGACAGUUCUGUGAGUGUUUUAGCCGCUGCCUUGAGUCGCGCCACCACUCGACGCAGGUGACAGAAAGAACACGGGCAUAAUUUGAACCGUGUGGGAGAUAAACAUUUGCCAACGCAAAAGAGGAACGUUAAAAAACACACCUUCCCCGGUGGAACAGCAGUAGUGGGUAGCUCUGCUUCCUUUUUCUUACAUGAUUGACAGUAAGGGGCACUGUCCCAACGACACCAACAUCAUCAUCGCCAUUGCCGGCGUCGCAGAACCGCGACCACAGUUAAAGCCAAACCGUUUGCAUUCGGCGGUGCGGAGCAUUACCGUGCGGUUGCUCGGUGGAAGGUGGAUAGGCUAUUGCUGCCCAAAGGUAGUAAUUCCGUCCCGGGAUCAGGACGCAGCCAUUCGUCGGCGAACGGUCAGCGCACAGGAAGCAUUCUUCAAGGAGAGCGUUACAUGAGAUCCCCACCGUGUGUGUGUGACUCUGGUCCUUUUUGUUGAGCCCUAAAAGACUUGUCGAGUGUUGUUGAUCGUCGUACCCUGUGAGACUCGGACUUUUGGUGAGCUUUAGGUAGAGAGGCAAGUGACAAAGUGGUCACACACCCGGCACAGUGAAACCAUUCGUCAACGUUAAGCGUAAUUAAUAGACGCAAAUUAACGAUCAUUAAACGAUCGUGUUGCCGUGUGCGUGUGUGUGUGUGUGGCGUGUUGUGCUUCACACUGGUGCGGCUAGUUCCAACCUCUAUGGAGUUUCAGCUAGACAGCGCGGAAUACUGCCAGGCACAACACAAAUAAGCGAAAGGCGCGCUUUUUCCCUGCCAAUCACCAUCAACAAACACCAUCGUCGCCCGUGUGGACCUCCCGAAGGAUACCGAACUGGAGAAAGUUGUAGCGUGGAUAAGCGCGAGAGAGAGAAAAAGUGUGCUUGUGCGGGAGACAGCGAAACGCGUGCGAGUGGGGGCAGGAAGCGUGCAACAGUAGAGGACAUCGUCGAGCGAAAGCGAAUGUUGGUGGUUGCUGCGUAAGGAAGGCGAGUUCGCGCAACACCUAAGAGCAGAGCUUUUGAAUGAGAAGCCCCGAGCUGGAGCGUACAUUGGAGAAGAAAGUGCUGCACGUUAGCGAAGCAUCGUUCGACAGGAAGCGCACAACGCGAGCGUGGUUUUGUUAUUGCCAUAGCCCAAGCAGAAGCAUCAUCAAGCGUACCCGAAAUUAAGGUCCUUGUGGAAGAAGAUCAGGUGGAAUAGACAAGCGAAGCGAAGACGAAAAAUAGUCCCCUCCCAUCAUCAUCCUCCUCAGCGUCAUAAUCGAGAAACGAAGUGUGUGGAGAACGUAUCGACAUCACCGAAACUGAUAUCCAUCCCGCAUCCAUAUCGAACCCUGCGCGAAGAUCACCUGUAGCGUCUUCGGAGUAAGCAAAUUUUUGUUUUGCUUGUCAGAAAAUUGGCGCAUUCUCGCCCUUGCUCUUGAUUGCAUCGACAACAAUUGUUUGCUUUUCGUUGAGCUUCAAUAAUCCCAUCGUUUCGCUGUGGCGCUUCACUAGUUUGCGCGUGUGGCGUUACGUUUGCAAUCGUUCUACAAGGACACGUUGCAUACGGUUAUCUUCGACAACUGCAAGCAAAACUCGGCGGCAGAAAACAACAUAUUGAGACUGAUUGUAAAAUAGAUCUAUUAAGAAUAGUAACCAAGGAAGUAUAACCAUCGUCAAUCCAUUAUCACCGGCCGCAAGGACAGGAUAGAGCCAGACAGUGACCUCGUGGAGGGGAGGAAAAUUCUGCUGGCCUGGGGGUAAACAUUCUCCUCACAACUAGCGUUCCUUCCGCGUAGGCAGCAUUCAUGCAACCAACUGAAUCAAAAUAAAACAUACACCAGCAUCCCGACCAAGUGUGCAUACAACGCGAAAGAUCCCAGAAACCUUUCUGCUGCAAGCCCUUAUAUCGUUCACCCCCCCCGUUUCUAGAGAAAAGGGUAAUCACUGCUCCACCGAAUUUUGGCCGAUUAUUAAGAAGGCGGAUAUAGUCAAACGAAAUAAAUAACUGUAGCGUGGUUCGGAGCCGCCAUCUAAGUCCCGCAUACAGCAGGGUUUCAGAUGAAUAUAAAUGUUUCGAACGAAAAAUACUUUUAGAUACGUGUUUCAAGCUUUACUCUGAAGAAGAUAGAAUCAUCUUUUUGAUAACAACGGAAGAUAACACCCCUCCUCAGAGUGCAUCUGUUAUUCCAUCAGCUCUGAAGUCGAUCAGGUGCUUUUGUUUUGCGACGCAGUGAACACUCCUAGCGAGAAAAUCUGAUCAGAUAAAAGAUAAACGCGUUCGUGUGUGUUCGUACGAACGGCGAAGGAGUAAAUUAAGAUAAUUUACCGGCCCUCACUCAGGCAACAGACUCCAGUGUCAGCCUCCACCUGAAUCUGCAAAGGUGUUAUCAGAGAAAAUUAGUCGACAAAAAGAUUUAACAUAGGUGCACUUGUUUCGCCAUCAACGUCGCACUGAGAGAGUGUUCGUUCCAGUGCUGGAAGAAAUAUUAUAACAAGGAGGACUACUGCUUUGUGCAUGAUUUGUUUUUGCCCAAUCUUACAAAACCUGAGUUAUUCGUAGAUUUCGUCGAUGCUGAAAUUGCUAUCAAAGUAAAGAAGAUUACUCGAUCGUAUAUUGAACACAGAUUAACUGAAAGAGAAGAUAAUAUCCAGAUCAUUGCUGCUUGGAGGAAGACCGUUCUGUGGCAAACAGUUACAUCAAGAGGACAUACACGCAAGCUAAACGAUUUACUGAAAUCUUUGGAGUCUUGUAUAAGUAUCUCGUUGCAACGUCAACAAACUUAAAGGGGAUAGAUAGAACCGCGGAAAGAAUUGUGAUAAGAGAAUUUUAAGUUUACUCUAGUGGUUCUCAUCUUUAUUGCUUAUUAAGCAAUUUUCGUGGAAGAUUUGGUUUCUUCUUCCGUCUUUUAAAUAUCUUUUUUUGUAAAUGUGAUGAAAAUUGUAUCUAUUUGGCAUUGAUAAUAUUGUAUUGCCAGAGAAAAAUAAGUGUAACCGCUUCGUGCGCGUGCUUGCUGGGAAACCAUCUACGGAGAAAAAUUAGUGCGAUUUGUUAACGUCGUUAUUUUGUCUGUAAGACUUACGCGGUAACUAUAGUCGUGUGAUAAAAAGAAAGACUUUCGUGCAGAACCUUGUGCAGCAGCAGACGCGCUAGUGUGCACGUUCGUAUAAGCUCAGCAUAGAACGAACAAGACAGCAGCAAAUCAAACACCGGUUAAUUGGAUUUGUUUUUAGUCGCGUGAAGGAGUGCUUUUUAUGACAACCGUCAUCAUGCGUCAGAAGGACAUCAGACCCGCACCGGCGCGGAUCGAGUUCAAGGGAAUGAAAUUCCUCAUUACCGAUCGGCCAUCGGAUGCAAACAUACAUUCGUAUAUCGCUGAGCUGAAAAAAAAUAACGUCUCGAUUGUGGUGCGCGUGUGCGAGCCGAGCUAUAAAAUCGAAGAGCUGGCAAACCAUGGUAUCAUCGUGCGCGAUUUAGCGUUCGAGGAUGGUACUUUCCCGCCGAACGACAUCGUAGUGGAAUGGUUCGAGAUUUUGAAGCAAAACUUUCUGUACAGAUUUCAGGAGGAUCCGGAAGCGUGUGUGGCGGUACACUGUGUAGCAGGUCUAGGCCGUGCACCAGUGCUUGUGGCCCUUGCUUUGAUUGAACUAGGACUUAAGUACGAGGCAGCUGUAGAAUUGAUUAGAGAUAAACGAAGAGGUGCUAUUAAUGCCAAACAACUAUCAUACCUAGAAAAGUAUAGGCCCAAAUCACGGUUAAAGCACAAAAAUGGCCACAAGAACUCGUGCUGCGUGCAAUAAAACUAUCAAAAUUCCCACCAGUUAAAGUGUUCAUUUUAAGCAAGUGACAUCCAGAGAUAAAACAAUAUGGUGAAACGAUGAUGGAAGUAAGCGAAAAAAGAAAAGGGACAUAUGUAAAUGUUGAAAACAAAAGAUGCAGAUCCUAAAAAAUAGACGUAGGCUUUUUGUUCGCAAUUCAUACUAAUGCAGGUUUUGGGUCGAGUGAGGAGAUUGGAUCUAAUGUUUACCUUCGGAACUGCCAGUGGAAGGAGAGAAGAAUGAUAAAUUCUAUGAGACAAGAAAUUGCAUCAAAAGUAAACCCAACAACAGAGAAAGUAAAGAAGAUAAUUUAACUAGGAUAAAGAGGAAAUCGAAAAUAUUAUUUACAAUCUGUCAAUGAAGUGCUGGUAACUGUACGUUUAUUAUGAUUCUUAAAUUAAAUCCAAUUAUUGAAGUAGGAUGGUCAAUCUGAUCGUCGAGAUUAGUUUCAAUUGAAGUUUUCAUCGUUUAUUUAUGUAGUAGCAGUUCAAAACUCAAUUCUUCCUUUCAGUUCCACGAUCUCAAACGAUGCAUUGUAAACAGGGCAAACGGAAAACAGCCUGAUGGUUAAUCGGAUCCACUGAGCAUGAGACCCACAAACCUAGCAAAGAAAUGAGCUGCUACAGAAGGCAUUUUAGGUUUUAAAAAGGCUAAUAAUUCAAGCGCAAGCUGAGCUUUACUAGCAGUAUAUUAUCCUUAUUUUGCUAUACAACUUCGACAACUCAUGCCACAUUACACAUUCUUAGACAGAGACAUAUUAUGAACGUAUCCGAUGACGCCCCAGUGUGACCGUAGAUCAUUAUUAAUAUAUUGUAAUAAAUUAAAUAAUCGGAAGAGUGGAAAGAGAUAGCGAAUGCAGUAUAGUGGAACAGACGUUCUUUCUACCGUACGUUCUUUUAGAACACGUUUCAAGAAGAGAGAUACGACAUUGUCCGAACAGGACACUUCUCUACGGUUUGAUAGUUGUCCACACUGUAAUGAGAUGAACUUUUAGUUCAUUAGGUUAGUCGUUGCACGAGAGGACAAGCUGAUUUAUCAAGCUUGUGGGGAACAACCUGCUUUAUAGUUGUCGUGUAACACUAGCUAACACAAAGGGCUUAUCGUAUCGUAUAGGAACAGUUGCGUUCGAAUGCGUUUAUCUUAUUCUUGUUUUGUAUUUAUGAACACUGAGUCAAACUGUACUGCAAUCAAUAACACUGUACAAAUCCCAGCUAAAAUGCUUGUAUAUGGUCGUUCAAACCAAAAAAAAAACAAUAGCGCAAUGACAGGCAUUGAAGACAAGGAGACGUGCCAGGGCCUAAUAAUUGUAUCCUAAAACAUCGCGUUCGUCACAGGCGUUACACAAUAGAUAUGGCAUAAACAUUUUUUUUUUAUUUGUUGGACGGUUUCCGCAUGGUUCUGGCGACUGCCUAAUGCUUAUUUUUAUAGUUUUACAUUACACCAAAUCAAACAUCCUUACAUGUACGUGCUGCGACAGACCAGCAGACGUUUACGAACAAUAGCAAAUUUAACAGUAAUGUUAUUCCGUUACUCGUACGUUUAGAAUAUCUGACAUGGAUCGUGCAAUAUGGCUGUAGAUUAACCGGAGGUACAGUUUACAUGAUUUGUUUUAUUUGCAGUAGUCUUAAAAAUUGACGUACCACACCGUAACCUGUGCAGUGGCAAAUACAACCAUCCACUGUACCACGCGCAAAGAACUCUGCAACGCUGUGAUCGUAGCGAUAUGAUCCCAUUUUGUUUAGUUAAGGUAAAUCGACAUAUGGUCUUCGAGGACACUCGGCUGCUACCUAUUAGAAUAUUAGUUCAAUUUUUGUGUUUUUCCCACGUAAACUACGUAAGCUUUUUCCGGUGAAGGAUCCUUCGUUUGGAAGCAAUAGCUAUUAUUUGAAGGCUAGACAGUUCCUUUCGACACAUUAUCCGCAUUCAAUGGUGGCCUAAGGGUACACUGCGAACCCUUGUUUUUAUGCUGCUUAUGUCAACCAUUCCACCAGAGUUUUAGUUAGUUAACAUUGUAGAAGACCCAUAUCAACCGCUAUGCUAUCAAUAAUUUAUUUGUUGUAUAGCCACCAUAUAUGCAAACUAAAGAAAUUGAAUUAUUUUUUACAUUAGUGUCUGAACGAAGAUCCGUACGUUGCCACCGCCAAAACAUAAACUUAAACCAACAGACCGAAAUCCCAUUGCUGCCAUAUUCCUGCAGCUAUUUUAUGUCACUUUCACCCUUCCUAAAACGCCUGUGAUGAACAUCCGUGAUUCUUAAGCUUCUUCGAUCGCGAUCGAGAGAUCUUUUCCCGAAUUUAUGUUAAAAAAAGUAGCUUCCUUCGAUGAUCGCUGUACUAAUACUUUAUGCAAAUUGUGAACUUACAAAAAAAAUUAACAUUUUGCGAUGUUAAUCAUUCAACAACAGGCUCCAAAACAGAUGAUACUUAUUUGUUACGACAAAAAGAGCGUUUCGCGUGCCCAAGCGGAACGAACAAUUGAUAAUGCUGCAAUUUCCAUAGUAUGUAUUGUAUACUUAAUUUAUGUUGUGCUCCUCGCCCUCGCCGUUUUGGGCGGGCUUCGUUUCGUAGCGAAAAUGCAGAAUGGUCACCGUCUUAUUCGCUUUCAUAAAUGUCCUCGUUUAUUGCUAUACUCUACACUGUCAUACCAUGGGUGAACGCGUGUAUGUGGCCACUUUUUUCUGUGAUACUAUAAAACAAAAGAGAACGACUACUAACAUGAGUGAGAAAAGGGGGAAUUAAACAGGAGAGGGAGCGAUCUUCGAUACGAAUGAACUACCCGGAUAUGACUACACAUUAUUUUUUUAGCGAUCAACGAAAUGGUAUUUAAGUUACAAGCUAUUAAAUUUUCGGGUAAUUACCACCACCUACGAGAAAGGAAUGAUGGGAUCUCUGCUUGGGCACGUAAACGCGCUUGUUACAAAAAGCCACCAAUAAAAGCAGGAUAUAAAUUUUCACAAUCAUCGAAUGGAGUAAAAGCUAAAAAAAAGUAUAAUUUCUAGCUCUUUCUGUGUUGUUUCACCUACUUUGAAGUUUAGUUUCCAAUGACGAGCAUUGAAAAUUGGUGUGGGAUUGAUGAGAAGAUAGACAGCACCGCUAAUAUACAGCAUAAAAUAACACAAAAAAACUCUAUUAGCAAAAUGAGAUGAAGGGAAUCGAACCUAGUAGAAAACAUGGCGUAAAGAAAAGCAUCUACUUAUAUGUAUUGAUAAAGCGUCGUAGUCUAUAUGACGACUUCUAUACAGAAACAAGCUAAUAUUAAACCACGAAACUAUACAAAACAAGCACUAAGUAAUGCCAGAAACGCAAAUAAAUACUAUAUAUAAAAUUACUUACGUGGUUCCAGCUGAAGGAUUGGUCCGCGCGUGGAAUGGUGAGAAGAUCGUAUUCAUAUUUUAUACACCAGUAAAUACAAAAACAAACGAGGACAACAGAAGAAAAACCCAAGAGCUGGAAAAGUUCGAGAGCCAACUCAAUCAACCGCAACCGAUAAAAUUAUAGACACACAAAGCACAGUGGAAGAAUAGUCGAUGGAGGGAACCAUGAUUUCGUGGCAGAAGGACAUGCAAAUCAGAUAUAUUAUUCACACUACCUUUUAGAAGAGCCUGUGCGGCGGAGGAAGCUUACGUUGAACGCUGUGUAUGUGUGUGGACACGGUCGAAGCAAAAAGGGCGCUAGCGGCUACUAAUAAUGAUCACUUUAACUGUUGCGGUACUUGGAUAUAUGUAAUUUGUUUGUGUGUGUGUGUUUUUGUAAGUGUGCAUCGAUGCAACCAUGUGUAGUAGUGGGCAGUAGUAGCAAGACACGGGCUAUGUUUGUGGCCACAUGACGACGGGCAGGGCGUCGAAACGAAAACCUAUCGAGCAAUGUUGGAUUGAUUAAAAAGCGGCCAGAUUAACGAUCAUUAUUAGCAUCGUUCGCAACUAACACGUACACGAACACAAUUGCACACACGGGGCAGGAACAGGUGUAACACACAGUAAUUGUGCAUAUGAAGGCCAUAUCUCUUCUAUACCCCUUUUAGAGCACGAGGAAAAUCGGCACCGAAACGUGGUUGUAUUGUAUGUCUAGCACCGCGUCGCCCUGUUUUUCGCCGAGAAAAGUGCUUUAUUACUCUUUUUUUAUGGCGGGAGGAUGGGAAAUGGGAAAUUAAAAUUUAAAACGAACGAACGUUCCAUGAAAAAAAAACAAAAAGGAAAAACAGAUGUGAGCGUGUCAUGCUGUAAAACAUCAUAAACUUAAACAAAAUUGACAAUAGUCAACAUAAAAAAGAAGCAAAACAGAAGUUACUGCAAACCAGAAAAUCUUAACUGUGAGCAAAAGAGAGAGAGAAAGUGGCAAAAAACAAGGAAUAAAAAGAAAAUUUAACCGAAAACACAUUAGACCAUACUCAAAAAAAAAAAACAAAA